AUGCCGAACGGCUCAUUGAAGUUACCUUUGAACCUUCAAACGACUGAAAAUCCGACAUGCAACAUUGCGAAAGACUCAGCAAUGGCCAAAGUUUUGGUAGCAAGUAAAAUCAUCAUCUGGGAUGAAUGCACAAUGGCGCACAAACGCGCAUUGGAAGCACUUAAUCGCACUUUGAAAGAUCUGCGCAAUGACUCAAUAUGUUUUGGUGGCGCAAUGAUUCUACUGUCUGGUCACUUUCGCCAAACAUUACCAGUCAUUCCAAGAUCGACGGCUGCCGAUGAAAUAAACGCUUGCCUGAAAUCAUCUACUCUGUGGCGCUUUGUUAAGGAACUUCAGCUGACCACAAAUAUGCGAGUUGCAUUGCUAAAUGAUCCAUCCGCCGAAACUUUCUCUAAACAAUUGCUGACUAUCGCAACGGACGAGCUCAUCAACAAAGUGUUCCCGAAUAUAAUUGCUAACCACAAAUAUCACAAUUGGUUGAGUGAACGAGCAAUUCUUGCGGCAAAGAACAACGAUGUAGACCACUUAAAUAUCACAAUCCAAAAGCAAAUCAUUGGUCCACUUCAUUCCUUCAAAUCGAUAGACGGUGUGACAAAUGAAGACGAAGCAACCAACUAUCCAACUGACUUCUUAAACUCAUUGGAUCUGCCUGGCUUACCACCGCACUAUUUACAACUGAAGGUUGGCUCCGUAAUUAUCAUGCUUCGAAAUCUUAACCAACCAAGACUAUGUAACGGAACGCGUUUGUUGGUAAGAAAACUCAUAGACAAUGUCAUUCAUGCGACGAUACGUAAAGGAAAGUUCGAAGGUGAGGAAGUUCUCAUUCCGAGAAUUCCGAUGAUCCCAACCGAUACACCAUUCGACUUUAAACGAAUUCAAUUUCCGAUUCGGCUUGCAUUCGCCAUGAUGAUCAACAAAUCACAAGGUCAAUCUUUGAGUGUUUGUGGCCUGAAUCUUGAAAAUGAAUGUCUCUCUCACGGUCAACUUUACGUGGCAUAUUCAUGUGUCGGAAAACCAUCCGCUUUGUUCGUUUUCGCACCUGACAACAAAACGAAAAAUGUCGUGUAUAAUAAUGUGCUUAAAUAA